GGCAACCGUUCGCUUCCUUGGCCAAAGAGGCGACCGACCGACUCAACUCCUCAUCAAUGGAGGAAGGGAGAGAAACUGCUGCCAAACGAGCCAAGGACUGCCCCAGCCCCACCAGCGCCGGCGAGGAAGGGGGGGAAGACCACCUCAGCGCGCUGCCCGACGACAUCCUCCUCCGCAUCUUCCACACCCUCGGCAGCGCCGAAACCGCCGCCCGGACCAGCGUGCUUUCCCGCCGCUGGCUCCGCCUCUGGGCGCUCCAACCGGCGCUCAGCUUCUUCUUCGGCGCCCGGCACGACAAGGUGCCCGCCGCCCUCGCCGCUCUCGACGCCGCCCACGCCGCUCUCGAUGCCGCCCGCGGCGACGACGACGAGGCGACGCCGCCGCUCCGCUUCCUCGUCGUCUUCGUCUCGCGCUCCUCCGCGGAAUCCCUGCAGGCGUGGCUUCCCAUCGCCGCCCGCCGCCUAGCCGGCGACCUCCACUUCAUAGAGAUUCCGCGACAUGAGGAGGAGGAGGAGGGGGACGAGGCCGCCCGCGACGGCGGCGCCUUUGAGCUGCCCUGCUUCGAGAGAGCCACGGCGAUCUCGCUCGAACUGGUCCGGGGGUUUCACGGGCUCUCCCUGCCGCCUACCGGCGUGUUCGCGCGGCUGACCAAUUUCCACCUGGACGGCGCCCGGCUGCACGGUCCUUGCACGCUCGGCGAAGCCGUCUCCUCGCCGCGUUGCCCGACCCUGCGGAGACUCUCCAUCGUCAGUGUCGGGGGCAUCGGCAAUCUUGCCGUGCACUCUGACUCUCUCCUGGAAAUGGAGCUCAAAGGAUGUGAACUGCAGCAGCUGACUGUCGCUGCUCCGGCGCUCAUAAAGUUAACCGUGUUCCUCUGCUUCAGUAGCGCCACUCGGCCGGUUGCCGACAUCUCAGCUCCUGAACUGGUGACACUUGGGUGGAGAGAUGCUUAUGAUCCAACGUCUGUCCACUUUGGCGAGAUGAGCCAACUGCAAUGGCUGGGCACCUCCUUUUUCAUUGUAUAUGGACAGCCUGGCCUUGCACAAAAUCUUGACUGCGCGAGGCUGUUGCAGCACUUUGAGGCCGUCCAGGCUCUUAACCUAGUGCUGGCAUAUAUGUCGAGUAUGGAGGGCAUGCAGGACCAUAAUUACUUGAUGGAAGAGAUGACGAGGCUCCCUGACAUUCGAUUCUUGACCCUGUUUCUUUUGACAACUGGGCAUUCUUUUGGAGCCAGCUCAUUCCAUGUUUUCAGGAUGUGUACUGGUAUAAGAAAGCUGAUGCUGACAUUUAAUAAUCCUACGGACAUGGAGGUGCCUACUGAGUGUGCAUCAGGUUGCAUCUGUGAUCAACCUACAAACUGGAAAACUGAGGAACUUGUGCUGAGGCGCCUUGAAGACAUAGAAAUACAAUAUUUCCCAGGAACUGAAAAUGAUUUUGCUCUUGUGGAACGACUGUUCAGUUGGGCAGCAGUGGUGAAAACAGUGACAAUAAGUUUCAAUCGAUCAAUCACUGGAAGUAUGGCCAACGAGUUCUGCCAGAGGAUACUAGGUUUCUCCAGGCCAGAAAUAUGUGUGAAAUUUUAUGUGUACCAUAACAUCUGCCAGAGGGUUUUGUAUGUUCCAGAAGACUAAGGUGCCAUCUUGUCGCUUGGUGUUGCACUGGUUAUGCUAGUUUUUUUUAUUAAAAUGGUCAUAUGUCAUAGUUUUCUUCCUUGUAUCAGCUGCACUCUAUGCAAAGUUGCAAACAUCGAAAUGCUACUGGUCGUUCGAAUUGUACAAUGUUAUCAUGGUUCUUUUAAAUAUUGUUUACAUAAAGAGGUUUAAACGUUAUGCACAAGCUCCAUGUGUGCGAGAUCCAAAUGACAUGAUAUGACAGCAGAGUUGUGUU